AUGAUGCCCUCCUCCAAGAGCUCUGAUCACUGGACUUUAUCAGAGUUACUCGGGCAGAGGAGGCUGUUAGGCCUCGGAGCUCUCCUGGCAUGGCUCGUCCUCUUUCACCUCCUGGUCAACGUUUGGCUGCUCUGCAUCUUCACCAGUCUCUUAGUGGUCCUCGGAGGAUGGCUCGGGUCUCGGGCUGUGCUGGAUGCAAACAGCCUCCUCCACCUGGAGCAUUUUUUGCCUCUUGGCGCCAUCAACCCACCGUCGUGUUCACCCGAACAUGAAUGGAGGUUGAACCACGAGAUCGACAGUGCCGUUCACAAAGCGGUGCGAGACUUUGUGUCCUCGUGGUAUCGUACUCUGCUGCCAGAGGUGGAGGGGGAGUUUGAGUGUGCAGUUCGUAAUUCAAUGUUGGAGUCAGUAAUGGAGCUGAAGGAGCGUGCAAGGCGAUUGGACAGGAAGGCGCUGGUCGAACGGCUGCUGGAGCUGUACGGCUGUCACCUGCAGAGCUACAUGACGGCCCGGCAGAUACAGUUAACACACAGGGAGGUUUUCAGCCUGUGGAAGCUUUACAGUGAAGUAGAUUCUCCUCACCCAGCUGUGAGCAGUGAAGCCGUUGAGCUCAGCUACUCCAGAGCUCUGGUUAACCUCGUCUUGCAUGUGCUUGUUCCAUACCCUCAGAUGGAGACCAGGACUGGAGGUUACAUGGUUACAGAACUCAUCACCUGCAAUGUUCUGUUGCCUCUCAUUAGCAGAGUGUCUGAUCCUGACUGGCUGAACCAAACCAUUGUAGAUAUAUUCACCAGGUCCAGAGAACCACAGGAUGGGCUCCCAGCAGCUGCAUUGUACAGAUGUCAAAUCCAGCAGGACUCCUGGACCACCUGCAGGUCCCUGUCUUCUUCUGAACAAGCAGGUCUCUCCAGCAUAAGCUUGUCAGAGCCUGAAGAUCAGAGCCUCAGUCUGAUCAAUGAUCAGGACUCCUCGCAGAGCAGCCUGAUCAGCCUGACAUCUAUGGACAAAUUAGAAAGUUGUCACGCAGGUUUACUCACACCAUGCAAAGUGAGCUGCUGUACUCUCACCUCUGCUCAUUACUCCCAGUCGUCCGAGUCCAAAAUGAUUUCACUGGAGUCUCUGAUUCAGUCUGACUCAGAAGAGGACCUGACAGGAGGCUUUUGUGACUGUGGUCCUCCAACAAACUUCUGCAGCGUGAGCCCCUUGAAGGACGACGAGGGAUUCGGCUGCUUCGGUCCUCUAAAAAAUCUUGGGCCGAAGGUGGUUGUGCCCGAGGACUCCCAGUGGCCGGCGGGUAUAGCCCAAGAGAAAUCCCCGUCUUCUUCCCCGAAAAGACUUAACUCCUACAACUGUGAUUCGCCCAACAACCAAGCUGCAGCUGUGCAUGUCCAGAAUGUACAAAUUUCUGGUACAGUCGCUGCAAAGGAGCAGCGAGGCACAGGCGCACAUCCCUAUACACUCUACACUGUGAAGUUUGAGACAGUGGCUGAAGCAGAAUGCGGUGCGUCUCUGCAGUCUGCAGCCUCUCACACUGUCAACCGCAGAUACAGCGAGUUCCUCAACCUGCAGACACGUUUGGAGGAGAAGCCUGAAGUUAAGAAAUUAAUCAAGAAUGUCAAAGGCCCAAAGAAAAUGUUCCCUGACCUUUCGUUUGGAAAUGCAGACAGCGAGAGGGUGGAGGCCCGUAAAAGCCAACUGGAUACGUUCCUUAGACAACUGAACAACAUUCCUGAGACGGCCAACAGCGAGGACAUGCAGGAGUUCCUGGCUGUCAACACAGAAGCUUGCACAUAUUUUGGAAGGAAACCUUUUGUUAAGUCCAGAAUUGAUAAGCCGAACAUCACGACACCGGCUCCUUUUGUUUUACGGGGUACUAAGUGGUUUGUGGUGCACAGAUGUCUCAUGAGAGUCUCUCAGAUUGCCUUUCAAAAUGUUAUUUUUUCUUCGAGAUGCAAUGUUUAUGCCUUUGCUGGAUGGUUGGAUGUCGGAGUCGCUCACCUUACCAGUGCUCCCUGCUGGGUGAUUUACCUGCAAGUGUUGCAGGAGGCUGUGUGGCCAGGAGGCACGUUACCUGCUCAACCCCGGCCAGAGCGUAGUGCUGCUGAAAGAACGGAGACUAAGGAGCAAUGUCUGGACUGUCUCAUGCAGCUGCUCCCAGAGCUCAUCACUGACAUUCUGGGUAAGGAGAAGUACAGACUGAGCUUGGAGACCAUGCUGGAAUCUUUACAGGACCAUCAGAUAAACAAGCAUCUGAUCUACUGCAUCUGUGACCUUCUGUUGGAGUUUCUGAUCCCUGAGUCGUGUGACGAGGCCUUCCAGAGGUCUCUGCUGCAGAGCCUGGCCAAAGACACAGAGAAGGACAGUCCUCACAGAUGAUGAGCACACAAUAACACUCUGAAG